UCUCCUCUAACUUUUGCUGGCAAUCCUUAGCCUAGCCCACCUCUUCUUACUCACGCACUUGCCUAGAAUAAUCUCCAAGAGUUGGCACCGGAUCCUCCAUCUCCUGAUGGAGUCUUCCCAUUACUUCUCCCUCCGCCACUUCAAACACCUCAUCUCUGUAGGCAUCCUCUUCGCCUGCAUCGCUGCAUCUGUCGGUAUUCGAGGAGGAUGGACGCCCUCCGAGUUCAGCGCCGUCGAACGUUAUGGACUUGUCAUCAGCUUCAUCCUCUACAUUCUACAAAUCUUGCUUCUGGUACCACUUCCGUUUUUUAUCUUCAACUUCCUGGGCGUCGUGCUGCUCAAUGUAUUCCCACAGCGUCCCAAACUCCAGCGUUCACCGCUGAUUGGUCCGUUCUUGUGUUUCCGGGUCGUCACCAAGGGACUGUACCCAGAGUUGGUCAACGAUAACGUAGAGUACAAUAUAAAACUAUGUAGGAAUGUAGGUCUUCAUAAUUUUAUUUUCGAGGUGGUUACCGAUAUACCAGUUAAUCUAAAAACAAACAUACAGGCCAGGGAGAUUUUGGUACCGGGCGAUUAUCAAACUAAAUUUGGCUCUUUAUAUAAAGCUCGAGCUCUUCAAUAUGCAUUGGAACCGGAAGUUGAUAGUCUUAGCCCCGGAGACUGGAUUGUUCACCUGGAUGAGGAAACUGUACUGACGGAAGACGCGGUGAUUGGUAUCGUCAACUUCACAGGCGCCGCCCAAUACUCGUUCGGUCAGGGCGUCAUCACUUACGGUCACGGCAAGAUUGUUAAUUGGGUCACCACUCUGGCUGACUCGAUACGUGUAGGAAUCGAUUACGGUUAUCUGCGCUUCAGUUUGGGCGUCCUCCACAAGCCGAUUUUCAGCUGGAAGGGAUCGUUCAUUGUCGCCGACGCUGAGGCGGAAAAGAAAAUCUCCUUCGACCACGGACCGGAAGCGUCCAUCGCGGAGGAUUGUUUCUUUGCGUGUGUGGCCUUUAGCCGCGGGUACAGCUUCGGUUUUGUCGACGGGGUAAUGCUGGAGAAAAGUACCUUCACGCUCAGUGAUUUCAUGCGACAGCGGCGGCGUUGGGUGCAGGGCAUACUACUUACCGCUCUGAGCAAGAAAAUACCGUGGCGAUUUAAGAUCGGACCUGUUUUGAUGAGCUUCUCAAGCUGCACGUUACCAUUCAACAUUCUAUUGGUUCCUGUCAGUAUACUAUGGCCCAUGCCAUCAUCCCCUUUUCUUAUGUUUACGUACAGCUUCAACAUGGGAACAGCUAUAUACCUCUUUAUCUUAGGAACAGUACAGACAUUUUGUAUACAGAAAUAUGGCUGGUGGCGAUGUUGUUUAUUAGCUUUAGCUACUAUAUUCUGUGGGCUUGUGGGUGGUGUUCUAGAAAAUAUUGUAUCCAUUCUCGUUUUCUGGUUACCUAAGUCGUCGGCGACACAUUUCUAUAUAGUAAAGAAACAAGUUCCUUGUGAUUAUAUUAAAGUCGUAUAA